ACACAAAAUAGAAGGUGAUUUAGUCAUAAAAGAAAAUUCUCCGAGGAAAUUAAGAAAAAAUGAAAAACAAAAUCUAUGAUAACAAUAUACUUAUCUCAGCCAGCCGCCAAGCAUAUGGAAGUGCAAGUAACGGUUUCUAGAAUAAUUAGGGGAAACCCUAGAAACAGAAGGCGUCUCCUGCACUUCAACCAAAAGACAGACGACAAGACAAGACAGUAUCUUCUACUCAGGUUCUGGUCCUUAAUGGCUUUGAGCUUCUGCUCCAACUCUGAUAUUUCUCUCCAGUACUAUCUCAACGCCGAGAUGGAAGGCUUUCUCCUUUCACAACCACAACUAGAAUGUGACCUCUUCGGUUUUGACAACAGUUUAGCUCCCCCCGACGCCUGUUUUGAUCCAAUUUUGCAGCCUGAAGAGCUCUGUUACUCAGAUAUCUACAGUAGCACUCGUCUCCUUCCUUCCUUUCCGUUUCCUUCAAUCUUCCCACAUCAAGAUCAAUUCGAGUCUUACAGCCAAUACCACCAAAAGAGCUGUGCAAAUUUGGCACCAGAAUUCUUCAAUAGUACUGUUCCUGCUGUGGAAUUCUUGCCUGAAAUUCUAGCUCCAUUGCCAGAAUUGAUCAAGGCUCCAUCAACGUCCUUCAAUUAUGGAAAGAGUGAUGAGACAGGAAAGAAAGCAGGUGAUCAGGUGAACUUGUCCCCGCAAAGCAUAGCCGCGCGUGAAAGGAGAAGGAAGAUUACUAAGAAGACACAAGAGCUCGGGAGCCUGAUUCCUGGAGGGCAAAAGAUGAACACCGCCGAAAUGCUGCAAGCAGCUUACAAGUAUGUCAAAUUCUUACAGGCUCAAGUUGGACUUCUUCAAGUCAUGUCCUUAAUUCAGGAAAAGAUGGAAAUAGCACAUACUGAAGAACUCCCAAGUUUGCUUGCAUCUCAAGCAAUUCAAGAGAAGUUGUAUUCUUCAGAGAAGUGUUUGAUUCCAAAAGAAUUUGUUGGAACCCUAGCAAAUGACCCUGAGAUUCAAUCAAGGCCUUUGAUUUCGCAUGACAUUCAUCAUCUGCUUCGGAUCGAUGGCUAGCAUAUGGUACUGAGUAGUGAGAUUCAAUCAAAUAUGUCUUCUAGGUUUUUAUUUCUUUAGCAAGUAGUUCUGUUUUGUUGUAUAUUUCUGUUGCUAAUCAAUUUGUGCCCGUUGCUACUGCCAUGGAGCUAAUCUAACCAUUUCUUGUAAAUUUCGUUUUUUACCAAGAAAUGUAAUAAUUGAUGUGACUUCAU